AUGUCUGAACUAGUUACUGAUAAAGCUGAGGAAGGUUUUACAAAAGAGAGUAUCCCCCUGAGUUCUCUACCACCAGCAAAACUACUCCAAUUAAGAGAACAAGUACAACAAGAAACUAGUGAUCUUAAUCUGCGGCUACAACAUUUAAACAUUGCUCUAGGUAGAUUUAAGAAUUCUAGAGAAAGCUUAGAAAAUUUAAAGCCAAAAAAUAAAGAUUGUGAAAUUUUAGCUCCUAUUAGUCAAUCUGUUUAUAUAGAUGCCAAAUUAGCAAAUGUUGAGGAAGUACUUGUGGAUAUUGGAACUGGUUAUCAUGUAGAGAUGCCUAUAUCUAAGGCUAAAACUCAUUUCGAUAAGAAAAUUGAGUUAGUUAGGAAAUCACUGGAUACCUGUGCUAAAUCUUUGACCGACAAAAAUAAGAUCUUCGAUGCUAUAAAUGGGAUACUAUUAGGUCGUAUUAAAGCUAAUAAGGAGACCAAAAAAUGA